AUGUCGACUAUGCCUGCUCAGCACGGCCACAGCGAGGCCUGUUGUAAUAUUCCCCCCGUCGUCUCCAAAGGUUACGAAGAGAAAGGAUCCUACGACGAAGUGGGCAGCUACAAGACUUAUGUCACCGGCCCCGCAGACGCCACCAAGGGCAUCCUCUGCGUCUACGACGUUUUCGGCUACUUCCCCCAGACCAUCCAGGGCAUGGACAUCCUCGCCACGAGCGGCGCCCAAAAGUAUCGCGUCCUGGUCCCUGACUGGUUCAAGGGCGAGCCCUGCCCUAUCGAGUGGUUUCCUCCCAACACCCCGGAAAAGCAGAGGAACCUCGGGAACUUCUUCCAGAAGUUCCCCCCUCAGAUUGUCGCCGAUUCUAUCCCCUUCUACAUCAAGGCCGCUCAGGAUAAAUAUCCCGAGAUUAAGGAUUGGGGCAUCAUUGGCUUUUGCUGGGGCGGAAAGGUCACUACCCUAGCUACUUCGAACGAGAACAGCGCUUUCAAGGCGGCCGCUGCCUGCCACCCCGCCAUGGUCGACCCCGCCGACGCCCAAGGUGUCAAGGCCCCUCUGAUCAUGCUACCCUCCAAGGAUGAGGACGUCGAGGCAGUAAAGAAGUUUGAGGAGGGGCUCAAGGUUCCCCACCGCAUCGAAACCUUCCCCGAUCAGAUCCACGGUUGGAUGGCGGCGCGAUCUAAUCUCGAGGACCCCCGAGUUCGUGAGGAGUAUACCCGAGGCUACAAGACUGUGCUCGAUUUCUUCAGCAAACACCUGUAA